AUGCCUAGCCUGAACCUCGUCGACCACUCCCCUCACCAGCCGGUGCCGGCUACGAGAUUGCCUACCGCCAACAAUCUUGUCCUCAUUGACAACUACGACUCGUUCACAUGGAACGUCUACCAGUACCUGCUACUAGAGGGAGCCACUGUGACGGUCUAUCGCAAUGACAAGGUCACUCUAGAAGAGCUCAUUGCAAAGCAACCCACCCAGCUGGUCAUCAGCCCUGGGCCAGGCCAUCCCAACACUGACUCCGGCGUGAGUAAGCCUGCCAUCCGUUACUUUGCCGGGAAGAUCCCGAUUUUCGGAGUAUGCAUGGGGCAGCAGUGCAUUAUAUCGGAGUUCGGAGGCGAGGUAGAUGUUACCGGCGAGAUCCUCCACGGAAAGACAAGUCCUCUAAGACACGAUGGCGGUGGCGUCUAUACCGACGUGCCCCAAGACAUCCCAGUUACCCGAUACCAUUCUCUUGCUGGCACGCAUCCUACCCUUCCGCCUGAUCUCGAAGUCUCCUCGUGGAUAGCAAAGGGCAUUGACGGCGGCAAAGGCGUCAUAAUGGGCGUUCGCCAUAAAGAAUUCGUGAUCGAGGGUGUCCAAUUCCAUCCCGAAUCUAUCCUCACAGAAGCUGGCAGAACAAUGUUCAAGAAUUUUCUCGGUAUGAAGGGUGGUCUCUGGAAGCAGAAUCCUCAGAUGCGGGCUGCCGAGGAGAACAAGGAGCAGCCUGCUCAAACCAACGGUCAUGUACCGCCCAAGAAAGAAUCUAUCCUCGAGAAGAUUUAUGCUCACCGCAGGCUCGCCGUCGCCGCACAAGAACAGAUCCCGUCUCUUCGAAUGCAGGAUCUCCAAGCUUCUUAUGAUCUGGGCCUUGCCCCUCCCCAGAUUUCGUUCCCCCAACGACUUCGGCAGUCCCAAUACCCACUUGCCCUGUUGGCAGAAGUGAAAAGAGCUUCGCCAUCGAAAGGGAACAUAUCGCUCUCGGUACACGCACCCACACAGGCUCUUCAUUAUGCUCUCGCUGGCGCAAGCUGUAUCUCUGUUUUGACCGAGCCUGAAUGGUUCAAAGGAAGCAUCGAAGACUUAAGAUCCGUGCGGCAGGCCCUCGAAGCCAUGCCCAAUCGUCCUGCCGUUCUCCGAAAGGAAUUCAUUUUCACCCGAUAUCAGAUCCUGGAAGCUCGUCUCGCUGGUGCCGACACCGUGCUCCUCAUUGUCAAAAUGCUGGAUGUAGCUACCCUCACAGACCUUUACAAAUACUCCCAAAGUCUCGGUAUGGAGCCGCUCGUUGAAGUCCAGAAUGAGGCGGAGAUGGAAACUGCGAUCACCCUUGGCUCCCAGGUCAUAGGUGUGAACAAUCGAAAUCUCACAAAUUUCGAGCUCGAUCUCUCCACAACCUCAAACCUGAUCAAAAGAGUGCCCAAAGAAACUCUCCUGUGUGCUCUUUCCGGCAUCUUUGGGGCGGAGGAUGUCCAGGCCUACCGUCAGGAUGGCGUCAAAGGAGUUCUUGUCGGAGAAGCCCUGAUGAAAGCACCCGAUACAGCUGCAUUCAUUGCUAACCUCCUGGGUGAUCCAACAAAUAUACCUAUCGCUGUUGCACCCACCAAGCCUAUGGUCAAGAUCUGCGGCACCAGGACCCCAGAAGCGGCUGAAGCUGCAGUGACAGCCGGUGCAUCGUUUAUCGGCAUCAUUCGAGUACCUGGCCGCUCACGUUAUGUGGAUGAUGCAACGACAGUGAAGAUUAUUGAAGCAGUCAAAAAAACACCAAAAUUGUCGGUACAGCGAAUUGAACACCCUCGACUCGGUGCAUCCGAAUACUACGACCACUCCUCUCGUAUCCUAUCUGAGCAGACCCGAGCCCUGGUGGUUGGCGUCUAUCAGAACGCUCCGCUCAGCCAAAUCAUCGAGGACGUCAGCCGGCUCGGCUUUGAUGUAAUACAGUUGCAUGGCGAAGAGCCGGUAGAGUAUGCUCGUUCGAUUCCUGUUCCAGUAUUCCGCAAGUUUUCGCCAACUGAAAUCGGAAUCUCGACAAGAGGCUAUCACGCAUUGCCUCUUCUCGAUGCCGGUGCCGGUGGUCAUGGGCAACGGGUUGACAAGGGCGAGAUCGAGGCCCUUUUCCAGAGGGAUUCGAGCCUUAGAGUCAUCCUUGCUGGCGGACUGCAGCCCGAGAACAUCACUGAAGUCCUUACAAGCUUGGGGAAAUAUAGACACAAUAUUGUAGCCGUUGAUGUAUCGAGUGGUGUUGAGAUGGAUGGGAAGCAGGAUAUUGGACGGAUACAGGCUUUCAUCAAGGCAGCGCAAGCUUGA